AAACCUUCGUAAAGCCGCCGCUUCUGUUCAAAGCACAAAAUCGCCGGCGAGGAGGAAUUCUCCGAUAUUGUGUCUCAUAGUUUGUGGGAGCGAAAAGGGAGUGCAAAAGCAAACUCCUUUCUACUAAUUUAUAGCUUUUUUGGGGUUUACAAUCAGCUCAAUAAAGGAAAUUCCGGAGAGGACAAAGCGAGAGCUUUCCAGUACUUUGAGAAGCUUAAAGUUCAUGCAGAGGGCAGCUCAGAAAGAAGAGAAAACUAAAAAAGAAGAAGAGAUCAAGCCUGAUAGUAGAGGCACCGUUAAGAAUAAAUGUGUGGUCAUUAUGGAAGGGGAUCCCCAUCCAGGAGCAACCAUUGGGCGUAUGUCAUUUUAAAGUUUCAACCCUUCUAUUGAUGUAAGGAUGCAAGUCAAGUGGCCUGAGAAUUCUUUUACCAUGGACAAAAUUCACCUUCCAUGCUCUGCUGGCUUCUGCUGCUCUCAUGUGAAAGUCCUGUCUUUUUGUUGGUAGAAACUGAAUGAACAAGCUUUAAACAUUGGUCAGCCUGACAGCUCGUGGAAGAACUUUGAGUAGAGAAAAUGGAUCUUCACCUGAUGGGGGCCAAGCGCUCAAAAGCUGAUUCAGAGAAUUGUAAAACCAAUGGAGCGCCUAAAAGAAAACAAUCUGGUGUAGCUUCUGAACCACAACGUUCAAGCAAAUCACCAGAAGAUGAUCAAGGUGUUCAAUCAUCACCAAGCAGAAGCAAAGCCUCCUCACAUAAGCAACCAAAGCGCGAGAAGCUGGGUUGGAAUGUCCUUAGAUCACCAAAGCCACAAAAAAGGUGAGAGAUUAAUUAUACUGUCCAUUGUGAGUAACUCUUUCCUUCUUAGCCUUUAUAUGUAACCUUA